CUAGAUUCUGAUUAAAACCAUCUCUGUUUUUUAAACAAUGGUGGAGCAGACAAAGAAGAGAUUCAUUACAAGCGAUGAUCUGAAAAAACACAACCAACCAGGAGAUUUAUGGAUCUCCAUCCAAGGCAAAGUCUACGACGUCUCCCACUGGGUCAAAUCCCACCCCGGAGGCGAAGCAGCGAUCCUAAACCUCGCGGGCCAAGACGUCACCGACGCCUUCAUCGCUUACCAUCCGGGAACCGCAUGGCACCACCUCGAAAAGCUUCACAACGGUUACCACGUGAAAGACUUCCACGUGUCCCACGUGUCACGUGACUACCGUCGUUUAGCCGCGGAGUUCUCCAAACGCGGACUCUUCGAUAAAAAAGGUCACGUGACUCUUUACACGCUCACGUGCGUCGCGGUGAUGCUCGCGGCUGUUGUCUACGGUGUUGUUGCAUGCACGAGCAUCUGGGCCCACCUUGUAUCCGCUGUUUUACUAGGUCUCCUCUGGAUACAGAGCGCUUACGUGGGACAUGACUCUGGUCAUUACAACGUGACGUCGACGAAACCGUGUAAUAAACUAGUCCAGCUUUUGUCUGGUAACUGCAUCACCGGAAUAUCGAUCGCGUGGUGGAAAUGGACUCAUAACGCUCAUCACAUCUCUUGUAACAGCCUUGACCAUGAUCCUGAUCUCCAACACAUCCCUGUCUUUGCCGUCUCCAACAAGUUCUUUAAGUCGAUGACGUCACGUUUCUAUGGAAGGAGGUUAACGUUUGAUCCUCUGGCUCGGUUCUUUAUCAGUUACCAACACUGGUCGUUUUAUCCUGUGAUGUGUGUCGGAAGAAUCAAUCUCUUUAUCCAAACGUUUCUUUUGUUAUUCUCGAGACGUCACGUUCCUGAUAGAGCCUUGAACAUAGCUGGGAUUCUUGUUUUCUGGACAUGGUUCCCUCUUUUGGUUUCGUUCCUACCAAACUGGCAAGAGAGGGUCAUCUUUGUCUUUUUAAGCAUGGCUGUCACGGCGAUUCAACACGUUCAGUUUUGUCUAAACCAUUUUGCUGCUGAUGUGUACACCGGUCCGCCUAAUGGUAACGAUUGGUUUGAGAAGCAAACAGCUGGUACGCUUGAUAUAUCGUGUAGGUCGUAUAUGGAUUGGUUCUUUGGCGGGUUGCAGUUUCAGUUAGAGCAUCAUUUGUUCCCUAGGCUACCGCGUUGCCAUCUGAGGGGAGUUUCUCCGGUGGUUCAGGAGCUUUGUAAGAAGCAUAAUCUACCGUAUAGGAGUCUUUCUUGGUGGGAGGCUAAUGUGUGGACGAUUAGGACUCUGAGGAAAGCAGCGGUUCAAGCUAGAGAUGUGACUAAUCCUGUGUUGGAGAAUUUGCUUUGGGAAGCUCUGAAUACUCAUGGCUAGAAAAAAAAACAGAACACACACAACAGUUUUGUUUGAUUUAGUAUGGUUAUGGUGUUUAAUUUCGUUUGUGCGGUACUUUUUCUAAUGGAAGAUGUGUGUUAGUUUUGGUUUUUGAUGUCAUCAUAACUUGAUCUCAUAAAUAUAUGCUC